UCUCAUUUCAGGCUUCGAGAAAAAUCUGGCGAAGGCGUGCACGUCUCACAGCGUCAUUAAGCCAUCCAGUUCAAUGUUGGUCCCGGGAGAUUUUUUAUGGAUUAAAUUAAGUACCUCCAUCUUCAUUUCCCACCUGAUCGCAGCCAUAUAAAUCCCAACAGCUGAUCAACAGACUUCAGAAAGCCCGACGCCUUCAGACGGAACAGCUGGGAGAUAAAGCAGGAGAGAGGAGAGCGAACAGGCUGACGCAGACUCAGCUGUUUCACUGUCCUUUCUGUGUCUUUAGGGAUAGAAAAGCAUCUCGGAAACUAGAGGACUAGUUAGUUUAAACUUGAAGCCCUAACCUGGAAGAUACGAUCGUCGUAAAGGGUCCCAGCGGAACUAAAGACAGAGGGAAAACGAAAGAAAGAGAGAGCGCGCGCAGCGGAACGGAGCUGUCCAGUGCUGAACGCGCGCCGCCGAACGGGAGCUGUCCAGUGCUGAAGUUGCAUUUCUGCCGAGAGCAUCGCGCUGCAUCAACACAAGCGCAUUCAGGGGCUCGAAGGUCUGCCGUAACCCUGCGCUGGCAUCCGAGUCCCGGCAUUACCGAAGAGGAACGAUACUAAAAGACGGGUUUCGCCCCAGCGUUGCAUGAGGAAAAGCGAACGAUUCGACCGGCGUACGAGUAUUUUUUCCCCUUCAACGUAAAACAUGCCAAGGUCUUUCCUGGUCAAAAAGGUUAAGCUUGAUGAUUUCUCAUCCGCUGAUCUGGAGAGCUCCUAUGGCAGAUCCAGGGCAGACCUCAGACUGCGCUUUCACGAGAAAGGCUACAUCAGCGACUACAUGACCCCGGCACCGUACGAUGGCGAGAGCGAAAACGGCAUCAAAGUGCCCUCGCCCGGACCCAUCUACAGUGACUAUGGAGCUCCAGAUUCGGACCAGCCCGACAGCCCGCAGUCGGAGAUCUCUUCGGGCUACAUCAAUGGAGACAACGCGGUCAGCGAGGGCUACACGGUGGAUGCCUUCUUCAUCACAGAUGGGAGGUCAAGGAGAAAAGCCAUCAGCAGCCCCAGAAGCCAUCAACGGCACACGUGCAACGAGUGCGGAAAGACAUACGCCACGUCUUCCAACUUGAGCAGACACAAGCAGACGCACCGCAGCAUGGACAGCAAAAUGGCCAAGAAGUGUCCCACCUGAAAAGUUUACGUCUCCAUGCCAGCCAUGGCAAUGCACUUGUUGACCCACGACCUCAAGCACAAGUGUGACAUAUGCGGGAAGGCCUUCAGCAGGCCUUGGCUUUUACAGGGACACAUGCGCUCACACACAGGCGAGAAGCCAUUUGGAUGUGCGCACUGUGGGAAGGCAUUUGCUGACCGCUCAAACCUGCGUGCCCAUAUGCAGACACACUCGGCCUUUAAGCACUACAAAUGCAAGAGAUGCAACAAGACCUUUGCUCUAAAGUCCUACCUGAACAAGCACUACGAGUCGGCCUGCUUCAAGGGAGCGUUUGCUCCUUUGAGCCCAAUGGAAGUGUGAAAGUAUGACAGCACAACAACAACAACGACUUGUCAGAGGAUUAAUCGCAUGUACCUUAACUUUUCUUUUCUAAGUGUACUCUUUCUCCCGCUGUUCACAUAUUCAGAGCCAAAAUUUCACUCGUUUUUGCCAAAACUCAGAGGACAUUGAAAAUGUCUUUGUUUCUCUCGAAAGGUCAAACCUUUUUUAAGUAUUGGAUAAUAUUGUACUGCUGCCAGUGGCCACAAAAGUGUUCAGCAUUGAGGUAAAACUAUUUAUUCAUUAACUUAUUUAUGUAUUUAUAUACUUAUUUCCUACAAACUGUUAAUUUGCACUUUAAUUUGUCGUUCAGUUGCCAAGCCUUCAUCAUCAAUAUGCCAAAGCAUUUGCCACUUUCUGAAUAUCUUAUUUUUGGUUGCCACUUUAUGAAUUUGUUGCAUGCAAAAAAAAAAAGAAAAAAAAAAGAAAAAAAAAAGAAGAAAAAAAGGAAAAAAGAGAAAAAAAUACUACUACUAAUGAAAUCUAUGCCAAUUUUAUGAAGCUUUGGAUUUUUUGCCAAACCUAGAUAGCAUCCGUCGGCAAUAUUUCUUGGGAGUCAUGAUGAAGAAUAGAGCAAUAAUGCAUGGUAUUUUUAAAAGCUAAAACGAGUAAUAACUAUAGCAUUUUUAAUCACGAUUUUAUCCAAUACUAUCAGUAGUCAUUCAGAAGUUAAAUAUCAGGGAAAUGCCAGAGUAGUAUUAGCGGAUACUUCCACGGGACGGGGAGGGGAAGGGAUAUAGGGUCCUUUUGUAAGUGGUUAUGCACUGCCUGCCUCUUAUUUAAUAACGUAGUUUUAGAACGUAGGCGCCUGUACUGCUGAACGGACAGCUUUGCGCGUGAUCCAGAUCAUUUGCUCCAAAUCUGCAGAGAUGAACAGCGAACAGAAUCCUGGAAACGCUGUUGUAGGAAAUCCUACUGCAACAUGGACAGCUGGACAUAGCAGAUUUGUCUUUGAAAAGCACUUCUUUGAGAACAUUUCCAACUUUUUUUGAAGAAAAAAAAACAACAAAAACAGUAGCACAAACCUUAGCAAUUCAGGUAGACAGGCCUUUUAUUAGUCAAACCUCUGUUUUUGUAUUUACAGACAAGGAGAACUAACUGUUUAAUGCAAGAUGCCUUGUAAAUAAUCCUUUGGAAUUUAAUAUUUCUACAAGCUGUAAAGAAUCAAAUGAACUUAUUUCUGGACUUCUGUUCCCUGGGUUUUUUCCCCCAGCAUUUGAACAAUGUAAAGCACAAAUGACACCGGGCAUUUUCUCACUUCAUAAUAAAGAACCAAUAAGUAAUUA